UUUAGUGCCAAUUAAGCUCCUUUUGAGGCGAGAAUAGUUGCAAUUUGCGAAGUGUCUUGAAAGAAAUGGACUCAGGUGAUGAGACGGCAAGAACUUCUGCUUAUGCGAGUUGGUCAUGGACCCGGUUGUGCUUUUUCAUAUCAGGUAUCUUUUUUGGUUCAUUCGUAUCAGGCAUGUUACUCCGUUGGAAAAAACCCUUGCUGAGCAGCAACUUCCGGGCUCUACUGGGUUACCAAGAUUCGGAUUCCGACAACAUCCAAGAUGAGGCGUCGGGCGAGGAAGAUUCAGCUUCUCUUCAUUCUCUGGAUUCAAAUAUCAUCCAAGGCAGCUCCCUGCGCCAGCAGGAAGAUUCAGCUUGGGAUCAUCCUCCACCGGAGUCAAAGUCAAUUAUCACCGAGGGGAGUUAUAAAUAUGAUGUGUUUCUGAGUUUCAUAGGUGAGGAUACUCGCAGAAGUUUUAUUGAUUAUCUUUACCAUCGUCUCUCGGAAGAAGGUAUUUCGGCCUUCGGAAACGAGGUGGAAUUAAACAGAGGAGAAACCAUUUCAUCACAGUUCCUGCAAGCAAUUAAAGAUUCACGGAUUUAUAUCGUUGUCUUCUCAAGAAGUUAUGCUAGCUCAACUUGGUGUUUGGACGAACUGGUUGCUAUAGUUGAUUGUUAUAAAGAAAUGAAGCAAGAACUUUUCCCAGUUUUCUAUGAUGUGGAUCCGUAUGAGGUUCGAUGUCAAAGUGGGGGAUACGAGGAUGCGUUUGAUUUACAUAGGGAGAGAUUCAAAGAAGAGCCUGACAAGAUCUACAAAUGGAAGGGUGCUAUGACGUAUUUGGCCAAUUUAAAUGGUUUGACUUUAGAUCAGGAAAAGGGCGAAGGGAUUGAAAGAAUUGUAGAGAAGGUGUCGGGCAUACUGGUUUAUAAAUUCCAAAAGAUAAGGUUUAGUGAUAAACAUCCAGAAUCCACUGAAAGAAGACCAUCAUUGAAGGAAGUCAACAAAUAUGACGUGUUUCUAAGUCUCAGACACACUCACUCCACAUUUAUUUACUAUCUUUACCAUUAUCUCACCAAGAAAGGAUUUUCCACCUUCAAGAGUGAUGAGGAGAUUCAGAAAGGAGAAUCCAUUCCGUCUCAGGUCCUCCAAGCAAUUAAAGAUUCGCGAAUUAUUAUAGUUGUGUUCACAAGAGAUUAUGCUGAUUCAACAAGUUCUUUGGAGGAAAUGACUACCAUAGUUGAGUGUUGCCGGGAACUAGAACAAACUAUCAUCCCAGUUUUCUUUGAUGUGGAUCCCUGGGAUGUUCGACUAACACAAAUUGGCCCUUACAAGAAAGCCUUUGUUUCGCAUACGGAGAAAUUCAAACAAGAUCCUCUCAAGAUUCAAAAGUGGAAGGAAGCUUUAACACAUGUGAGCAAUAUAAAUGGUGUGCAUAUAAAACAUGAGCCAGAGAUUGAAGUGAUUGGAAAGAUCGUUCAGGCAGUGGAACUACGACUGAGGCUUACUAGUCAUAAUCUAGAGAAGCUUUUGAAUUUAGAGGACAACCGUGUUUUAGUUCUUGGAAUUUGGGGCAUGGGUGGAUCUGGAAAGACAACUCGUGCUUUAGCUUUGUAUAAAAGAAUCUUUCAGCAAUUUGAGGCUGCUUGUUUUAUUAAGGACUUAAGCCAGGUUUACGGAAUUGGUGGUGCUACUGCUGUGGAGAAAGAAAUCCUCCGUGAAACAUUAAAUGAAGAACUUCCAGAUGUGUACAGUCCUUUCGAAAUAUCUGGCUUGGUAAGGAAAAGGCUAUCUUGGAAACGGAUACUUAUAGUCUUUGACAAUGUUGAUGAACUAAUGCAAUUGAAGGAAUUGGCUAUAAAUCGUCUAAUGCUUGGGAUGGGAAGUAGGAUUAUCAUAACCACUAGGAAUAGGCGAAUUUUGGAUGCAUACGAAGUAGAUGAAAUUUACGAGAUUCCAUUAUUGAAUGAGGAUGAAGCUCGUGAACUGUUCCUGAGUGCUUGUCCUGGUGUUACCAAUUAUGAUUACUAUACUGAGUUGAUUGCAAGAGUACUAGAAUAUGCUGGUGGUCUUCCGUUGGCAAUCAAAGAACUGGCUUCUAUUUUGCAAGUCCGUUGUGAAUUCUUCUUGCAAGACUUAAAUAAAUCCUUCUGGCAACAUACCUUGAAUAGAUUGAGAACAAGGCCAAUUGUUGAAAUUAUGAAGCCUCUUAAAACAAGUUUUGAGAGUUUAGACGAAGAUGAGAAAGAAAUCUUUUUGCACAUUGCUUGUUUCUUUCAUGGGAAGAGGGGGGAUUAUGUAAUCCAAGUUCUAAAUUCUUGUGGAUUUUUUGCUGAAAUUGGGAUUCAAGCUUUGUUGGACAAAUCACUCAUCACCAUACAAAAUCAGGAAAUUCAUAUGCACGACAUGUUGCAAGAUUUGGGAAAGAAAAUUGUCCGUGAAGAAUGUGCAGAAAAUCCACCACUGCGUAGUAGAUUGUGGCUUUACGAGGACUUCAACAUUGCCUUGAGGUCAAAAAUGGAGCGAAACAAAGUUAAAGCCAUAGUUCUAUAUGAGGGUACCUCUACCUCCAAACAUGAAUAUUUGAACAUUGAAAGAUUGUCGAAAAUGAGAAAUCUUGUGCUGCUCAUAUUAUAUGGUCAGCACUUUUCGGGAAUUCCAACUUCUCUUCCCCACAGAUUACGGUAUCUUUUGUGGGACGGAUAUCCAUUCUCUUCUUUGCCUUCAUUUGAACCGUAUAACCGUCUUGUUGAAUUGAAUUUGCCCAACAGCCGCAUCAAACGGUUAUGGAAUGGCCGCAAGAACUUUCCACGUUUGGAAAGGGUGGAUAUGAGUUACUCAGAAGAGCUCACGGAGACGCCAAAUUUUGAAGGGUGCCCAAGUCUUAAGCGGCUAGAUCUCACAGGAUGCACAAACCUAGUGCAAGUCCAUCCAUCUAUCGGACAUCUUAAAGAACUUGCUUACUUGAGUUUCCGUGACUGUGAUAAGUUGGUCACCCUCAAUCUUGAUCAUAAAUGCAAAUUAAGUUCUUUGAAGGUUCUUGACCUCUAUAGUUGCAAAAAUCUUAAGAACACAGAUUUUACAGGAUUACCCAAUCUAGAGCACAUUGAUCUUGGAGAAUGUACAAGUUUAUCCACUGUUGAUGAUUUAUUGGGACUCUGGCAGGAGCUAUAUCCUCUUCAAAUGGCUCAGCAGAAGGUUGUGUUAAAGGUUUUGACUAUGACUGAUGAUAAAACAGUGCAGAAAGCUAUCAAAGCAGUUGCAGAUAUAUUUGGAGUUGAGGCAAUAGCAGUAGAUAGAAAGGAGCAGAAGCUAAUAGUGAUUGGAAAAAUGCCCACAUUGGCAAUUGUGAAGAAGCUCAAAAAAUUUGGCAAGGUUGAUAUCAUAUCUGUUGGACCUGUAAAAGAAGUGAAGAAGGAGGAGAAGAAGGAAGAAAAGAAAGAGGAGAAGAAGAAAAAGGAAGAGGCGGAGGAGGAAAAAAAUUGCCGCUAUAUACACAAAUUUCAAUCUUCCGCCAGGUUAUUGUGGUGACGAAAGUUACACCAAGAGAGGUUGCAAAAAGAAGAAGAGAUUGGCUGCAAGAAGAAGAGAUUGGCUGCUGCUAUAGCUGAGGCUGAGGCUGCUGCAAAAAACAACUAGGGCGAAGGGGGAGGUGAUCCGCCAGCCGAUCAAACAUGUGUUGCUACCUCUGAUGGAACGAACCAACAAGGUGAAGGAAGAAAUGUACAACCUACUGAUGUAGCACCUAUUGCUUCAGCAGCCAGUGAUGUGCAACCAGUCGAACUUGAUUUGUCUCAACCUACCUGCUUUGAACAAGAUGACUCUCAGCAGGUGUUGCAAUCGGAGACUCUUUCGGAGGAGAUUACGAGUUAUAACUUCACAAGUUCGAUCUAGAAAGGGUUGGUUCCGCCUAGAAUUGAACUGUUUGGUUGGUUUGUUUUAGUUGGUAGAGUGAAUACUAAAGAAAGGUUGAGUAGAUUAGGCAUAACUCGCCAGCAUGAUAGUAUUUGUGUCUUAUGUAAAAAGGAGAUCGAAUGUGUUCAUCAUUUGUUUGUGUUCUGUGAGUUUAUGUGGCAGGUGUGGUGCAUCUGGUUGAGAUGUUUUCAUAGAGAUUGGGCUGUCCCAGGAAGCAUUAAAGGCUUGUUUGAGAGUUGGAAUGGAACACCUAAUAGAAAAGAGGAGUAGAAGAGGUGGCUGACUGGGUUCUUUGCGGUUAUUUGGAACGUCUGGUUGGAACGCAAUAACAAGAUGAUGAGUUUGGAAAACUCUAAGUUAAUAAUGGGCGGAAAUAAAAAGAACUCUUAAGCCCAAUAAGAUCAAAAUUCAGCCUUAUGCAAUUUUAUCAUAUGAAUGUUGGCUGGAAUAUUUUAUUAAAUGGGCCAGUUUUACUUGUUAUUGAUACAAGCCCAAAUUGUUCCUCAUGCAUGAUCCGAAACCAAUUGAGAAGGAAAGCAAAUGCUUUUAUUGUCUUAUGUCUCCAACGGAUCUCAACUUUUGCCAUGUGAUGGAUUUUAAAUUCACUCAAUUUUUAUUAAUUGCAUGGGACCAAUGAGAGAGAAAAAAAAAGGCACUUGAUUUGAUUGCAGCACUUAAUGCUACACGCUACUCAGCAAGGAAAGAAUCAUUUCAUUUAAUCUCAUUCUCUUUCCUAAUUCAAUGCUGUUCAAAUUUCUCUCUUCUCUCUCUACUUGCUUCUCUUCUUUUUCGGUCGUAUCACUCAGCAACCAUGGAAGCUACUGCAAGCUACCAUAGAAAAGAAGAAGCACACAUAAUGACCAUCGAGCUGAUGGCAAGAAAACAUAAAAAAUGUAGUGGCUGAGAUUCUUAUCACUUAUGAUAAGAUAUGGUGAUGAGAUCUUGGCUUCUCCAUACCAAAAAUGGUUGAAGGAGAUUCAGCCAACAAGGAGAAGAUCUUUGGAAUGACUUGUCUCUGCUUUUGGGUUCACUCAUCACAGAAGGUAGCUAGGGUGGCCACGUAAAGAAGGAAGCAAAAGUGGAGCAGAUGAAGCUAUCAUCAUCAUGAAGCAUCAAGGGCCAGAAAUUCAUCUUGGAGAGCAAGUCAAGGAUGGAGCGCUCGGAUUGAUGACGAUUGAUGACCAAGAAAGGAUUAGAGGUAAUUGCAUGUUGGGUUUUGUAUGGGUUAUCUUUUCAUUAGUGAUCUACGUUCUUUGAAUUUUGAAUGAAAGCUUUAUUAUGGCACUGGUUGAAUUCACAACUCCGUUCAACUAACCAGCAAGUGUACUGGGUCGUCCAAGUAAUAAA